CGAGUUUUCUGCCUGUGCUGAAUGCAUUAGUCUAAUGAGAUGUUUGCAGCUGGAGAGCUGAGCUGCUGGAGACUUACACUAUGCUAAAAGACAGGGAGAAGAUGGCUUUUGCUGGGAUCUCUGUGACAGUGCUGAAAGUCCUCUGCCCUUUGGGUCCCAGUGUCUGGGCUCUCUAAAGACUCUGCUCAGUGUUUUAGCCUAAGCAAUAGGUGUUUUAAAGCUAACUUUCAGAGAGGACGGAGCACAGGGAGGCAAUGUGCGGGGGCACCUGGCUAACUCUGAUGGUCCCUCCUUAGCUCUCAAGCCCCUGCUGCCAUCCCAGCCUGCAGCCUACCGCUCGCUGACAGACGGUGAAGCCUAGCGUGGUUCAAUGAGCCACCUGCCAUGCCUGGACUCCAGCCUGGCCAUUGAGGAGAUGCAGUCCCCCAGAAUGGUGGGGAGGAAGAGAGGGCGGCCCCCACUCCAAUCAGCCCCCAUCAAAAUGGCUGUUCACAACCUCUUCCCGGCACCGGCUGGGGCUUUGCCCAUUGUGAAGAUCCCAAAGAAGAGAGGGAGAAAACCUGGACACAAGCUGAAGUCUCGUGUCCUGAUGACUCCCUUAGCAAUCUCUCCACCGAGAAGCACGCCAGAGCCAGAUAUUAGUUCAAUCCCUCAGGAUGCAGCUACAAUACCCAACUCGGACACCCCGCAGUCUCUCACAGUCUGCAUUUAUGUCAACAAACAAGCGAAUCUGGGGCCGUACCUUGACAGAAAAAAGGUGCAGCAGCUGCCAGAGCGCUUUGGGCCAGAGCGGCCAUCGGUGGCCCUGCAGCACGCAGUGCAAGCCUGCAUCGACUGUGCGCUCCAGCAAAAGGUGGUCUUCUCCCUCAUCAGGCAGGGCUAUGGAGGCGAGAUGGUGUCAGUUUCAGCUUCUUUUGAGGGGAAGCAGCAUCUCCAGAGCCUACUGGUAGUGAACAGCAUUGGAUAUGUCCUACGUUUCCUGAAGAAGCUGUGUCGCAGCCUCUUGUGCGACAAUCUCUUCAGCAACCAACCUUUCCAGCAGUACAACGCUGUGAUGGAAAGCCCGGAGGUGUAUGAAAACAGACGGGUGGAGGCAGAAACAGUUAUACCUGAGGACUACCUGGUUGAUUCUGCAAAUGGGAAGCAGUACAGCCUGGAUCCUGCCAAUGCUGCCCCCGGUUGCAUGGGUUCCAUGUACACUGUGCGUCAGAGUCCUGCAGAUGGACAUCCUGCUGGAGGCUCCUCUUCCUCCUGUAGCCAUCAUCCUGCUCAAAUGUCUUCAGGGGGGUCCUCAUCUACUGGCUUGCGGCAUCAGAAUUCCAGCCCAACAAGGAACGGGGCCUGUCUUGAAGGAAAUAGAAGUGCCUCGAGUCCUUCACCAGAACAAGAUGCAGCUCGACCAUCAAGCAAGAAUCCUUUGACCUGGACGGUGGAUGAUGUGGUUUGGUUUGUGAAGGAUGCAGACCCCCACGCUUUAGGUCCCCACGUGGAGCUCUUCAGAAAACACGAGAUUGAUGGCAAUGCUUUGUUACUUCUGAAAAGCGACAUGAUCAUGAAAUACCUAGGGCUGAAACUGGGACCUGCGCUGAAACUGUGUUACCACAUUGAUAAGCUCAAGCAAGCCAAGUUCUAACAAUUUCUUGAACAACAGAAUCUGAGCUAAACCUAGAUGGAAAACUAAAGGUAACAUAUUGCCUUACAGAAAUGCAUUCAUUUGCAGAUUGCUUUUCCCUCUUUUUUAACAAAGACUUGGUCUUUUUUAACAUUUGUGCAUUUUCACCUGUUUUUAAUCCAAUGGGAUCUUUUGUGCUGCUUUGUGUUAAUAAUAUGCCAAAAAUUAUAUAAUUACAAUAAUUAUUUUGUAUCAUCGAUAUUAUUAUGAUUAUAGUAAGUCCUAUUUUUGUAAUCAGAAGUGGAAAAUCAAAACCAAACAUAGUUACAACAUAUGCUGAGGACUGCCAAAAGACAAAUGAAAUGUUCCUGACUUGCCAUGGUUCCACCUCCUCGGAGUAACCGCUGACCUGCAUCGGCUGGGCACCAGCUACACUGUCCUUACUCAAGAACUGAAAAAGUGCAGCACUUGGUCACUUACUGUCUGAUGGGAGCUGUCUUGCACUAUCUGAAAAACUUGAAUUAUUCACUUUAAAAAAAAAAAUUAAAAAAUUUAAAAAAAAUAAAAAGAGAAAAAAGACAGA